UAAAAAAUCAAAUAAAUGAUAUUAUUAUUCAGUAAAAGUAAACAAAGAAACAAUUCAAUGAUCACGUGGACGUUCUUGAUUCUCACUUUUACUUCUGUUUUUCGAUGCGUACAAAUGGCUAACUUAACAGACAUGAAUAUAAUAAAUUCACCAAAUGCCAAUCGAUCACGUGUUCUCCGAAUUCACGAUUUUUUUGCCGACCUCUCUAAUACAAGCAUUAUCCAGCAAGUUAAUAUGACCAUUAUAGGGGCAAAAAAUGAUAAAACUCCAUUUCAAAGCAUGACUGCAUCUAUCUUUAAUCGUGAAUCCGGUGGUCAUGUGAGUAGGAAGAAUGGAACCCAAGGUAUUUUGAAACAAGAAAUGACAACAGAAUCGUCUUCAGACUUUUUUAGCGAUGGAACAGGGAAUGAUAUGCUAGAAAAGAUAGAUUCGUCUGUUGAAGGAAUUAAUCUUACUUCUGUUACUGGUGGAAUAAUAAUAAUAUCUAAUUCUGAUGCAAAGUUCGGAAAGACGGAAGAAGACGAGUCAGGCUCUCUAAAUAAAUUGUCUUCUUCAUCUGUUCCUGAGUUUGAUAUGAGAAAUACUACUAAUGAAUUAUAUGACGAAAAAGAGGAUGAUGAUACCGAUGAAGGAAUAGAUGAUGAGAACAUGUCGUUAGCUUCUACCACAGGUGUUUACAGUAGUACUAAUCGUCCAGAAUUAGCUCUUCUCAUAGUAAACGGUGUACUUUCGUCAAAAAAUAUCCUUUUAUCAUCUGCAUCUACUUCCAUUACGAUGACAAAUAUUACACAAGGAACAUCUGAUACCACGACUAGUGAAGAUUUAUCCACUUCUACAUCAAUCGAAAUAUCGACUACAAGUACAACCAAUCGUAUGGAAUCGCAAUCCGCAUUUCCAGGCAUUAUUCUGGCUGCCGGUGCAGCAGGUGGUGCUGGAUUGUUUGCAUUUGGAAUACCUGAGGGUGCUAACUACUCUUCUCCCGCUAAUUAUUUGGAAAACUAUUUCCCCCCUGCUGUGAAUAUUACAUCUGAUCACAUGCCCAUACAAGGACUAGUCAAUUACACAGUAAUAAAAUUAACCAAUCACAGUGUGACUCUUAUUCAUAAAGAAAACGUAUCGUUUGCCCUGGCUAGCUUUCCAUUACCGGAAAUUUCAAUAUUAGAUAGAGAUAUAAUUUCCAAUAUAUCCUAUUCUCUGGGAAUAACAGAUGAUUCUUAUCACGUUAUAACGAAUAUUAAUAAUAACAUGGAAGAUAUAAAAACAGAAUUAGGCAACUUAGAUAUUUCUGGAGAAGGAACACAAUCUUCAACAUUGCCUACUGUAAAUUUUUCAUUUGCCUCCGCUAUAAGGGAAACAGAUAUUAAUGAGAAAAAAGAUAAAAAGGACGAUAAAAAAAUAACUCCUAAAACGGUUAUUGAAAUAAGGGAAGACUAUAAAAAAAAUCUAGCUGAAAGUAAUACGUCUACUAUGAUAGUGAUGACUUCCAGUUUGCCAUUUUCAUCUUUACAUCCUACCGACGUAGCGAGACGGGCAUAUGAUAAUGUUAACAAAAGUGAAAGUACUAAUGUUAUAAAUAAACUUAUAAUUCUUGGGGCAGGAUUAAUUGGAGGGGAAGGUGUUAGAAAAAUUGAUUUUUGGAAUAGAACAAAAUUCGAAAAUGAGUCACACACUGUAACGGCGGUAAAUGAUAAUUUGACGAUUACUACAACAGAUUCUAUAACAAAUGAUAAUAAUAAAGACAACGUCUCACCUUAUUCUGUAAUGAGACUGGAAACUAAUGAUCCUGAAUUCAAUAUAAUGCAAUCCAUCCUGACCAAUCAAAUGUCUGGAUUUUUGAACAAUUCAACACCUACUUCUGUUACUGGUGAGACCUACGGUAAAAUCAAACCAGAUGAUGCAUUGUUAGUUUCAACCAUUAAAGAUAGUUUGGAACUUGACAACGCACAGGAAGAUACAGUCGACUAUAAGACCGAACCUAAAAUAAACGGGGAUGAAACUCAGCAUCCUGCCGAAAUAAAUGUUCCCGUGAAAAGUACAACUCCUGUUCUUAGGAGUUCGUCUAUUGAAUCAAAUUUUAACCUUUCAUUUACUAACAACCAAUCAAAAAAUAUGGACACUAUCUUUAAUAAUGAUGAAAUAAAUAACAAGGAAAUAAUUGAUAAUGAUAACAAUAGAAACAUAAAUGACCAGAAAAUAAAUGAUAAUAACAAUGUCAAUAUAUACACCAUUUUUAAUAAUGACAAAUUAAAUAAGAAAAUGAAUUAUAAUGAGAAUAUGAGUGCCAUUUUUAAUAAUGAAGGAAUAAACAACAAGACUGUACAUUUUAAUCUUAAGGAUUUGAUGGAUGAUUAUAUCAAUGAAUCUACUGCAACGAUAUCGUCUUAUGAGAAUAGCUUCUUUGAUUCUUCUAACAUUUUAGAUUUUUUGAAAGUUACUUCUAAAGAAAUUGACUAUACAAGUUUAACUACACUUACGAAUAAAUGGCUACAGAAAAAAUCCGGAAACGUAAUAUAUACACAUAACUAUGAGCAUGAUCAUUUUGAUUCUACUAAUGAUAAUGAUAAUAAAAUUAAAAGGGAAAACAUUCAACUUAAAAGUUUAACUAAACAUAUGACUAAAUGGCUACAGAGUAACGCUCUCACUACUCUAUCUUCUGCUCAAAGUCAAGCUGGAAUUGAUUUUGAGUUAUCUACCAUUAUGGAUUUGUUAAAAAGGGCUUCUAGUGAAAGUGAAAAUUCAACUAAUCUAAUGAAUGAAUGGUUACAAAAUAACGCUUCAAGAAAUUUAUCGUCUGCUCAAAGUCAUAGUGAAGCCUAUUUUGAUUUGUCUACCUUGAAAGAUUUUUUGAAAGUUACUUCUAAUGAAAAUGAAAUUAAAAAGAAAGGUUUAACAAAUUUUAUGAAUGAAUGGUUAGAAAGUAAUACUUUCAAAAAUUUACCAUCAAUUCAAAAUCUUGGAGAAAGCCAAUUUAAUAUAUCAGCCAUUUUGGAUUUAUUGAAAGUCAAUGCCAGUGAUGCUGAUAUUGAGAAUAACAAAACGAAAAAUAAUUUGAUAAGUUUGAUAGCUUUAAUGAGUGAAUGGCUACAACGUAAUAUCACUCCAAGUGAAGUUACGUCAUUAUUAUCUGUUCCAUCUUACGGGAGCGGCAUUUUUAACAUGUUGAAUUCACUUAAAAUAAAUGAUAGUAUGACGGAAAUGAAUCGAUUUCAGGAUAAUGAUAAUAAUGAAAUCUUGACAAGCAUAACAAAUAAGUGGCUCGAAAAGUCUUAUCCUUCUACUACAAUGUUAUCUACAGAAACUUACGGAGCUGGAAAUGAAUAUAGUACCACUAUAGAGGCCAUGGCACAAAUGGGUAUAGCAGAUAAUAAUAUCCGAGAUGAUGAAAUUGGGCAUAAUUUUCAGGAAACAGGAAAAAUUCUUUCAUCCAAUAUUCCGAUAUACACAACGAAUUUAGAUAUCUCUGUAUCACCUGCCCCUAUUUCUUCUGUUUCUAUUCUUGGUACUGUUUACCGUUUAAGAGACAAUAAUAACUAUGCUGGUUUCACGGAAAAUUUAAAAGAAAACAAUCAAAUCUAUUAUAAGCCUUUUACAGAAAGUUCAUUUAAAUUUGGAGACAUGGAAGGUGCAGACGAUAAUUCAACUAAAGUAUCGCCUACAUAUAAUUUCUUCAAAUCCACGACUUAUGAAUCCAUCUACAAUGACACAGUGGCAGAAGAAUCACAAUUAUUAACAACCUUCGCUUCUUUUAUUAAUCAUGAGGUUUCAACUGGUAGCAAUUUUUAUGAAAGGGAAAUUACCACAAUGAAUCAAACAUAUGGCUAUAAACUCGCCCAAAAUGUGUCUUAUGGUAAUAAAAUUACGGUAGAAGACCAGGAUUAUAGCAGUAAACCGGAAGUUAAGAUUGCACAUCAUCAUUCGAUAGCAGACGUUAAUUUUAAUAAGACUUCCUCUUUGGAGAGCAGACUAGAUUACGAUACUAAACAAACGAGUUAUAACGCAGACCAUAAUAUUUAUAUUACUUCUGUGAAAAUAAAAGAAGACGAUGAUCGUAGAGAAAUGAAUUAUAAAGUAGACGAUGCUAUUUCAAUUAUUUCUGGGGAAAUAAAAGAAGGUAUCUGGAGGACGAAUAUCACAAACGAAAUGAAAUGGCCGACUGAAAAAUCAGACAAUAUUGAUACUGCUAUAAAUCCUAUUACAAUUUCUAAUUUUGGUUAUGUCAAUAAGCGGACAAUCAAUCCAUUCCCUCUAGGCAUUUACCAGUUUCACCAAAAUCCGCACAAAGAAACAGUCGAUAAUAGCUCCAUGAAUUCUCAAAAUCACUCUAUGCAUGGCGUUCCUAAUUUAAAUUAUAUUAUUACUGAAAUGACUGAAGAUUCGAUGAGAGGAAAUAGCAAAGAGGAUAUUGAUAAUAAUAUAUCCGCCUAUUACACUACUGUGAUGACUUUUAAAGCAUAUGAUACGACUGUAGCUUCUUUUAAGGCUGAAGAAAAAUUGGCUAAAACCAAUUCUAUAUCCGGUUCGAGUAUAAAAAUUUCAGACAAUACUCGUCUUCUCCAUAACAAAAUUAUUACUGAAGCAGAAGUUAAAAAUUAUCCACUUUCUAAUACAAAAAUACCUAAAGACGCAAAGAGAGUAUUGACUUCAUCUGUAGCAGACGAAAGCUCCAAAAAUCCAGAUUCACGUCAUGCAACAACUGUUGUUAUAAUAUCUGUCAUAAUUGUUUCCUUCGGAGCAGCUAUCUUAUUAGCCGUUAUUUUGUAUGUAGUCGUUAACCGAAAAAGAAAGUGCAAAACCUAUGAAAAUCGCGACUUGGAAUUCAGCAUUGGAGGAAAAAACAAGAAUGGUAGCAAAACUAUAAAUUCACAUGGUGACACAAUGGAGACAGGGAGUUACUAUUACUAUUACCCUUACGUCACUUCUGGUCAAACGACAAUGGGAACUGGUAGCGCUAAAUCCUUUUCUUCUCACGACAUUGACCUCAGCAUUAUAACCCAAGAUGGGCACACCCAAGAAAAUUUGGAUGAUCUCGGAAACAAUAACUACGCUUACCUGAAUCAAAAUAAUAAUAACAACAACUUACCAAAUAGUGGAAGAUCGAGUCGUAUGCUUCAUAAAGGAGCCUUAUCGCCUGGAUACAUUAAAAAGUCGUUCAUCAAUGAUAAACUUUUGACUACCAAUGACGAUAGUAACGAGAAUAAAAUAAAAAUUCCAGUUUUAAUUUCCAAAGCAAAAGAUAGCAAUCCACUUCCGGCGGGGAAUUCAGACAAUAUGAAUGUUCAAGAAUUUUGUAAGAUAAUAAAUUCUUCUCCAUCAGCAAGUGACAAUACUACUUUUCCAGUUGUUAUUACGAUUGUAACCGAUACAAUCAGACCCUUGGAGCAAAAAACAGAUCCUCUAAAUAACGUACUUAUGGCGAGAAUGGAUGACAAAAACAAAUUGUUGGUUAGGGAAGAAGAUCCUUCAAACAAAAAUAUUUCAAUGGAGAUAAUAGAUAAUAUUAAGAAUGUAUCUGAAACAAAUAAUAAUGAUAAGGAUGUAAAAAUUAAUAUUGAACAAUCAAAACAAAGAUGUCGACUUCCCUAAAAAAAAAUGUUUUAUUUUUGUAAUUUUUUAGACAAUAUCUUAAUAUUUGCAAUUUAUAUAUUUUCAAUCAUGAUUUUAUUUUUUUAGGUUAAUUUCUUAUUAAAAAUGACGACACCUAUUUUUAGACAAAUCGAAAUCAAUUUUAAAUCCGGGGAUAGUGACAAAUUGUCAUAAAAUAAACAGACUAAUAGACGAUUUUUUUUAUAUCAUUAUAUAAAAUUUAAUUUUGAUGUACU